AAGAAAAAUCUGCUACCCUGCCGUCUCCUUCCUCUCGCUCCAUUGAUGCCCAGCUGAGCUCAAGUAGCUGCUGGCUUGUCGUCUCUCUGAUCUCACAUCGAGUUUAACCCUUUUUUUUUCCACUAGGAAUGCCAACUCUGCAAAUGAGGUCGACUCUUCACCUAAACUGAUUUCACGGAUUUGCAGUACGAAGAAGAAAGACGGCAUCUCUUGAUGUUGAAAGAGACGACCUUUAGAUAAGAUAUCUGCUUCCCACCCCUUUCUUCCUCGCCCUCCUCUCUCUCCCCCAGCUGCGGCGACGGUGAGGGCCUCGCGGUCGCCAUCCAUGGACGUGGUGGCGAGCGUCGACGCUAUCCUGCUUCUCGUUGCCGUUGCAGUCUCCGUACUGGUCGGCGCUGCUGUCUGGACCAGGCGUGGCCGGGGGCGCGGCAAAGCCGCGCUGAGCCCGCCCUCGCACCCGCUGCUCGGCCACCUACACCUCCUCGGCAAGCCGCUGCACCGCUCGCUGGCCGCGCUCGCCGCCGCGCACGGCGGCGCAGGGGGCCCGGCGCCGCUCCUGUCCCUGCGCCUGGGCGCCCGGCGGGCGCUGCUGGUGUCGGACCACGCCGCGGCCGAGGAGUGCUUCACGGCGCAGGACGCCGCGCUGGCGGGCAAGCCGCGGCUGCUGGCCGGGGAGCGCCUCGGGUACGGGUGCCCCACGGUCACCUGGGCGCCCCACGGCGAUCACUGGCGCGCCCUGCGCCGGUUCCUCGCCGUCGAGCUCUUCUCGGCGUCCCGCCUCGCAGUGCGCGCCGCCGACCGGCGCGCCGAGGCCGCCGCGCUCGUCGGGAGCCUGCUCCGCCACGCCGACGCCGCCCCCCGCGCCGCGGCGACGCUCCGGCCCAGGCUCUUCGAGCUGGUGCUCAACGUGAUGAUGCGCGCGCUCACCGGCGCGCCCGCGCUCGCCGGUGACGUGCGCAGGUUCCAGGAGAUCGUCGAGGAGAGCUUCGCGGUGACCGGCGCGCCCAGCGUCGGGGACUUCUACCCGGCGCUGCGGUGGAUUGACCGCCUGCGCGGCGUCGAUGCGGCUCUAAUCCGCCUGCAGGCGAGACGCGACGCGUUCGUCGCCGGCCUCGUCGAUGGCAAACGCCGAAGUCGCAAAUCCGGCGGCGGGGACACGGAGAAGAAAAGCGCCAUUGACGAGCUCCUGUCGCUGCAGGAAAUUGAUCCCGAGUUCUACACUGACACUACCAUCAAAGGCAUUGUCAUGAUACUACUCAGUGCCGGCACCGACACGUCGGCACUGACCACCGAGUGGGCAAUGGCGCUGCUGCUGAUGCACCCGGAAGCAAUGCAGAAGGUGAGAGCUGAGCUAGACGCCAACGUUGGCAGAUCCCGGCUGGUGGAGGAGUCGGACAUCACGAACCUUCCAUAUUUGCAAUGUGUGGUCAAGGAGACCCUCCGGCUCUGCCCCGUCGGUCCGAUCAUCCCGGCACACGAGGCCAUGGAGGACUGCACAGUUGGUGGGUAUCACGUCCGGUGUGGCACGAUGAUCCUUGUGAACGCUUGGUUGAUCCAUCGGGACCCUAAAUUGUGGAAGGUGCCCGAAGAUUUCAGGCCGGAGCGGUUCUUGGACACUGGCAUGGUGACCACGGUCACCACGCCCAUGCUGCCGUUCGGGCUUGGACGGAGGCGCUGCCCUGGAGAGGGGCUGGCCAUGCGAGACGAGGCUUCGUCAGUGAACAAGGAGAGCCCAGAGCAGCAGCUUACCAGCGAGCAGGACGACGACGGCGCGACGUGGCUGAACCUCAAGCUGGGCGCGAGCGAGUCGCCGGAACCGGCAACGGCGCCGGCGAGCUCCCCCGGCUCCGAGUCCGCCGCCGCCGCCGCCACGCCGUCGGCGACCCCGCCGCCGCACCCGCACAAGGUGUUCUCCUGCAACUUCUGCCUGCGCAAGUUCUUCAGCUCGCAGGCGCUGGGCGGCCACCAGAACGCGCACAAGCGGGAGCGCAGCGCCGCCAAGCGCUCCUACCACGCGCAGCGGAUGAUCGUCGGGCUGCCGCUGCAGGCGCACGCCGCGCUCAUGCACUCCCUCAGGGUCAACCCGGCCUCGGCGGCGAUCCAGAAGGCGGCGAGCCAGCAGGCGGCGCCGAUCAGGACAGCGGCGAGGUUCCUCGAGGACGGCGUGGCCUGGGGGACGAUCGCCUGCGAGGAGGCGCCGAGCUCGGCGUGGCCGGGGAGCUUCAGACUGAGAACACAACAUUCAGAGCGUGAGCAAGCGUCAGAACAGAGUAAGAUAGACUUGAAUCUCAGGCUCUGAUAGGCUGAUUGGUGGGUGUAACUACUCUGACCAGUGCAUCCGAGUUCAUCUUCCGAAUAAACUGGUUUGGAGAUCUGAUCAGAGGAGAAACCAUAUGGUGAUGCUGAGCUUUAGAGACUAUUGUUGUUUCAAAUGUAUGUUAGAAUUAUUUGAUGCGGUGCUGCUAUGAAAUAUUUCUGUAGCUGGAAACUGUACUUAGUUCUAUUGACACCAGUGAGAAGAACUCAUGGAUUCUGCACUU